AUGCAGCGGUACGGGUGCCAAGACUUCGUCGAGGAGAUUGCUCAUCUCCAGAAGCUGGCCGAGAUGCUGCCAGACUCACCAGUCACCGAGAGCAUGGCCAACACCUUCAUGGCUAAGAUCCAGGGAUUCCAGUCCUGGUCCUCGGAGAGCAUCUGCCAAAUGCUUGCCAAGGCCGACGAAGCUUCCAAACUGCCAGAGGCCAUGAAAGCAAAGAUUCUGGACACCAUCCAGAAUUUGUCCAUGAACACCGGCUCCCAGCUCAAGUUGGUGAACACUGGCCAGUCCGUCCAGCGGCUGUGUCCAUACUUGACCAGGCCAGACUGGGUCGCUUUGUCCACCCUCACGAGCCAAACGGACCAGCUGGAGCUCUUAGCCAAAAGACUCCGAGCCAUGGGACUGCAUUCUUUAAAAGAAUGCACCAAGGGCCAAGCGGUCGCCAUUGUCUUGAUGGUGCAAGCUUCGCAAGGCAAGCCAAGCCUUUCGGCAGCUGCCAUCAACUCGGCAGUCCAGGACUUCGGAAUCAUCUUCCAGUCCCUGCCAAGCAGCAAUUGCCCCGGCGCCAGCAGAUAUCCAGACCAUCCAUCAGAGAUGGGCCAGCUUUGGCUCUCCAAGGCCUAUGGUCCAGGCGACCAGCCAGAUCUGCAGGACCCAUGCCUGGCUCCAUUUUUGAAGAAAGUGCCUCUUCGAAGCACCCAUGCUUCAUUGGCCGGCGGCACCAGGUGCAGGUCCAAGCGGCCUCCAGCGACACCUCAGGGCUCCACCUUAAGCUUCGACCAGGAGCUGGAAAUGCUGAAGCUGCGGCAUGGCAUCCAAGCCCAAGCAGCCACACAAGGCACAGCCACUCUGCAGGGAAGCCAAGGGCCCACCGCCGCAGCAACAGCAGUGUUGCCUUGGCUGUCGCCGCGAAGCAUGGUCCAGUCCCACAGCCAGAGUGCUGCCAGCACAACUGCCCCUGGCCAGGUCUUUGGCCAGAGCACAGCAUCUGCCGCUGCUUUGCCACUUCCUCCGGCAAGCCCGCCUCCUGAAGCCACGACCAGAGUCGAAGCAGCUCCCACGGAGACGACUGCCAAGGAAGACAGUGCCAAGCAGGACGCCAAGACAUUGCAGGAGUACGAGCAGGAGCAGUUCCAGAAGCUGCUGGAUGCCAAGGCCGACAAGAAGAAGAAGGCCAAGGAGGACGGCCAGGCCGACCAGAAGCCCAAGAAACAGCAUAUGAAGCGGCCAGCAGCAGCCAUGUCUACCCGACAAAGCUCGGCGAACCAGGGCACCACCUGCAACGGCCAUGAGGCUGGCAAAGGUGCCACCGCCGCCAAAGGCGGCAGCACAAAGAUCCUCUACGGAUGUAUCCGCUGUCGUGGUAAUGUUAAGGGAUGCUCCAGUUGUUGGGACCCAAACUUUCGGGGCACCCGUCUCCACGGCCGCCAAGCUUGGAGGGAGUACAUCGAGGCCCACAAAGCCAACAAGGCCAUGAAGAAGGCUCCCAAGAAGUAG